CGGAGGAGGGCUUCCGAGUGUUUGGGAGCAAUUUCCUCCUGCUGGUAGACGUGUACAACUCAAAAGGAGCGCUCGACUUUUCUCCCCGACGGCCUUCGUCAUGUCUAAUAACAACGCCAGCAACAACUUAAUCAUCGCCCAGAGGGCCGUAAAGCAGCUGCGGUUGGAGGCCAGCGUCCGGAGGAUCAAGGUGUCCCAGGCUGCUGCCGAGUUGAGGAACUUCUGUCUGCAAAAUGCCUCCAAGGACCCGCUCCUGGUCGGUGUCCCCUCCAGCGAUAAUCCUUUUAGACCACCAAAGUCCUGCUCCUUGUUCUGAGCUUGGCAAGAACAAUGAAUAAUUUCUGAAUCUAUACAAAGGCUGUCUUCAAUUUUACCUAAUGUCGCAGUAGAUCUCCCAGCAGCUCUCCUUCCUUGACCCCAGGAUGGACGGUUUCAGGACGGGGAUUGGUCCAUUUGUUUGCCAAAACAAUUCGUCAUAUUCGUGCUGCACCAAACUUGUGAGUCCCAAAAAAUGGUCAAGAAGUCACACUAACAUUAUUAAUACAUUUGAAGUAUUUCUUGGUUUUGCUAAUCAAAUUGUUGUGUAAAUUGUUAUUAUAUUCAGUGCAGUAGAUAAAGACAGAUGUUAAUUAAAACUGUGUGCUUUUGUGUCAUACAGGAUACUCCUACUCAAACACUCCAAACAAAUUCAUACAAUUUAACUUUUGGCCAUUAGAAUAUUUGAGUUGUCCACUUUUCAGAUAUUUAUAGUUAUGGUUAUGUCGUCACUAUUGAGAAGCACUACGACACGGUACAGACCUAAAUGUAUUUUUUAAAAAUGCUUGUUGUUACUUUUAUUAGCUUAUAUUCUGUUACCAUCUUUAAAACACAUGCCUUACACUAUUUGAAUAGUGAAUUAUUGUAUAUCACUUUAUAUAUGCAAAUAGCCAUACAGCAGCUAUUUUGAAAAUAUCCAAAUGUUCCUGUUUAAGAAUGAAUGACCUGUUGCAUGGCCUGUUUUCCACAAUGGAAUUAUAUGCCAUGCAGCCAAAUCUUUUACUACUGUUACCCUGUACCUCCCUUGUCUUUGCUACUGUGAGCAACAUUUUAGAAAUAAAAUUUCUUUUUCAUAAA